AUUAAAGAGAUAAUAUUAAGUUAUUAUAACUUAUUAUUGUCACAGUCUCCUCAUGUUGUUCCGAGCUGCCAGUGAUAGAAUAAGAAUGAAUGUUAAUGAGUAUAUUAAUUUAUGUGUGAUAAACUCUCCGUCGAAUUUAUUAGAAACUGUUUUAAAUCCAGAGUGAAGAGUUCAACGGAAAAUCCCAUUCAUAUUCUUGAAUUAACAUUUUUGAUUAUUAGCCAUAUUGUUGUAACCAUCCAAUGUCGAUUUACCACGAGCUCUGACGUUGUGAAACUAUGGUUUAUGUGACCUGUAGAAGCCACAAGUCCGUACGAUAUCAACCUUGUUUUAAGAAAAACAGGUUUUAUUCCCGAUAUCACCGAGCAGUACUACACUACCCACAAUCCUCAAGUGUAACAUCGACGUCUCUGAUUGGUUGGAAGAUCAGUGUUGAGCGCUACAUCUGCUGCGCUUUAUUAUUUGCUCUAAACUAAUUUGUCUCAGUCAGGAUCCUGUAGCAUUAUGAGGCCGUUUUAUUUCCAGUGAUCUGAUUGAUCAGUAGUUGGACCUGUGACGGUCUUUGAUGUGUUAUCUCGAACCUCACCUGCUCCGGACGGCAGUUCGGCACAAGUUACCAUGGUGAUUCUCCCCUGCAAGAAGAGAACCAGCUCCGUAGGACAGAAAACCCAGAGUUACCUCGAAGAUCGAUAUGGAGUAAAGCAGCUGCCCGGUGAUGGAAACACGUUUAGGAAAGGACAUUAUUAUGGCGGAUCCAGAGGUGUCAACUCAGAGUGGGGGCUAUGAUGCAGAGCUGUUUGUGGACACCCCAGACUACGACCUGAUCUGCACCAUAUGCCAGGGGGUCCUCAGGUGUCCCGUCAGAGCUGCAUGCCACCACAUCUUCUGCAAGAAAUGCAUCCUGCAGUGGCUCAAGAGACAGGAGACAUGUCCCUGCUGCAGGAAGCCUGUCAAUGCGACCUUGAUCUUUGUCAUGUUCAAGCUAAGCAAAUCUAUUGGACGCAUGAAGAUAAAGUGUAAGAAUGAGAUCCGCGGCUGUGCAGAGACCUUCCCCCUCUCAGAGCAGUACUGCCACAGUAUGAGCUGCCUGUACGAGCUCAUCCCCUGUCCGUACCAAGGCUGCCGGGCGCAGCUCCUGCGCAGGGAUCUCGAUACCCACGCGCGCCACUGUGAGCACUGGCGUCAGCCGUGCCACAUGGGCUGCGGGACGAUACUCUCCCACCGCACCCAGGCGCAACACAACUGCUACAAGCAGUUGAGGCAGGAGUACGAAGUGCGGCAGAAGAACCAUAGGGCCAUCGCCACUGCUCUGCAGAGGAAGAUGAGGAGGAUGCAGAGCACCAUGGCCCACAUGAAGAGGCAGAUAGGGCUGAUCUGCGAGAGCCUGGAGGUGAUGGAUGAUCUGCAUGAAGCCGAGGAGGAAGAGGACCUUGGAGAGAGCAGCGGCAAUUCCAAUGAGACUCCGAGCAGCAACAUGGGCAGCUGCUGAUGGACGAGUCGGUUACUGCUGCUGAGUAACUGUUUUUAAACUCUGCAUGUGUUAAUUUCUUUGAAAGUGUGUGCUUUUGGAAUAAAAUUAGUGACAUUUUAUUGUGUGCUGUAGUUUCAUAUAUUUUUUAAAUAAAGCAUUCGAUAAAUGA